CGGCCCCGGCUGCACCCGGCGCGCGCGGUCUGCACGGUCCCUGCGCGCCCGCGCCCCGACCGGCUUCUGGAGCGUCGCCCGGCCGCCUAUUCGCCCGGCCCCGCUCGCCCCAGUUCCCGGGAGCGGGGAUGCAGAUGCCGCCGCUGGUCCGGGUGGGCGCCGCCGCCGCUGCUGGCUUUUUCUGGACUGCUCGCUGCCUCCGCUCCCGCCGCUGCCGCCGCCGCCGCCGCUGCCUGUGACUCGCCCCCUCCCCUUUCUUUCUUCUCUUUUUGCCUCCGUCCUCUUUCUCCGAUUGCGCGCGCGCGCGCCGGCUGCACGGUUUGCUUUGGCAGAAGCUCCCUCGCGUGUGCGCGUGUGUGAGUGUGCGUGUCUGGAGAGCGCCGGAGCCUUGCUCGUUCUCGGGGAGCCGAAGAAGAGAAAGAACCGAAGAGGCGGCGGCGCGGAGCCCGGGGCCGCGCAAUGAAGCACCCACAUGCCCGCAGCUGCCCGGCCCUGCCGGCGAGCUAAUCAGCGAACUCCCGGGCUCCGGGCUCCGCGGCCACCCGGACGCAGCCCUCGGCGGCCGGGCGACCGCUCCGCCCCGCGCGCCGCGGCUGUGCACCCGCGAAGGAGUUUGGUGGCCCUCGCUUCGGCUCUCGGCGCAGGUUGCUGGAGCGAAAGGAGACCCUUGGCGUGGAGAAAACCUCGAGUGGAGAGGGAGAAGGAAGAGGAUUUGGCGGAAAAGCCACUCGUCGCCCUUGCGGCUCCCCCUACCUAUUCCAUCGCUCCUGCUCUCGGACCUAAAGGGGAGGACGAGGAAAAAGAAAAAGAAAGAGAAGGGGGUGGGGUUGGGAGAACUGGAUCUAAAGAUCUGCUGGGGGGGAUGGUGGAAGAUUUUUGGUCUCUUCGGCAGCGUCUUUCCAUAAGCGGCAGCAGCAGCGGGAGGAAGAGCAGUCCCACUACGACUGCCGCAUGUUAAUCGCUGCCGCCUGGGUCCCUCGGCUGCUGCUGGAGAGCUGGACUCCGAAGUUGUGCAACUGUGCACUGGGAGAGACAUUUGAACCCUCUUCUCUCUUGGCUCCGUUUUUACCCCCUCGGUGAGUGUGAAGCCAGGAAACGCAAAGGCAGACAAGCAUUUGGUUCUUCUCCCCCCCCACCCCCCACCCCCCCUUCUCCGUAGCUGUGUAACAGAAGAAAGGGAGAAGGAGAGACUUUUUGUUGUUUCCUUGGCUGGGGUUUCCACCCUCCCGCUGCCUUCUCUGCGCUUUGGUUUUCAUUCUUUUGCCGACUGUGGUAGGGGUGUCUUCGCUGGGGCCGGUCGGUGUUUUGCCCCGGGCUCCCUGGCUGGAUUGUGGAAACUGCACCCGGCUGCAGGUUGUUGAGCAACUGAUGGGACGAUCUCAGGAGCCGGCGGCUGCGAAAGUGUCAUCCUCUGGAGGGGGCUGAAGGCAGACCAGGGGGCGCCUUCUCUCCGCCUGCCCGGAGCCGGUGCUGCUGGAGGCGAGCGCAGGCUAGAGGACCGAUAGACCCGGGAAAUGUUCAAAUGUUCUGUAAAUUGGAGGAAGAAAACAUGGAUAUUUAGCUACUGAAAACCACAUUAAGGAUUCGGAUUUGGGAUAUUGGUGUUUUUGUUUUUGAGGAAUAUUUCUUUUUUUUUUUUAAUCAUCGGUUUUGCAAUACGGAAGAGGAACCCGAAACACUCCUUUGUUACACGUUUCAAACACUCUUGAGGCACUUUCACGCUCAACCACACAACCAUGUGGCCGUCACAGCUACUUGUCUUCAUGAUGCUCUCAGCACCGAUAGUUCACGGUGCCAAGCACAAUGAGCGACAUCCAGCCCUCGCUGUUCCCCUGCGACACGCCGAGCGCAGCCCCGGCGGCGCACUGCCACCCAGACAUCUCCUUCAGCAGCCAGCCGCAGAGCGCGCCACUGCUCAUCGUGGACAAGGGCCCCGUGGAGCUACCAGAGGAGUUCGUGGUCCAGGUUCCCAAGGAGCCCAGAACCCAGCCCAAGCUUUUAGCCGCGCCCCCAUACCGAUGGCCGUGGUCCGCAGAGAGCUCUCCUGUGAGAGUUACCCCAUAGAGCUGCGCUGUCCAGGAACAGACGUCAUCAUGAUUGAAAGUGCCAACUAUGGGAGGACUGAUGACAAAAUCUGUGACUCUGACCCUGCUCAGAUGGAGAAUAUCCGAUGCUAUCUGCCAGAUGCCUAUAAGAUUAUGUCUCAAAGGUGCAAUAACAGAACCCAGUGUGCAGUCGUGGCAGGUCCUGAUGUGUUUCCAGACCCGUGUCCAGGAACCUAUAAAUACCUUGAAGUGCAGUAUGAAUGUGUCCCUUACAUUUUUCUUUGUCCUGGACUACUAAAAGGAGUUUACCAGAGUGAACAUUUGUUUGAGUCUGACCACCAAUCUGGGGCAUGGUGCAAAGACCCUCUGCAGGCUUCUGACAAGAUUUAUUACAUGCCCUGGACGCCAUACAGAACUGAUACCCUAACCGAGUACUCAUCCAAGGAUGACUUCAUUGCUGGAAGGCCAACUACAACCUACAAGCUCCCUCACAGGGUGGAUGGUACUGGAUUUGUAGUGUAUGAUGGAGCUCUGUUUUUCAACAAAGAGCGUACCAGGAACAUAGUAAAGUUUGAUUUGCGGACUAGGAUAAAGAGCGGAGAGGCUAUCAUAGCAAAUGCCAAUUACCAUGAUACCUCCCCUUACCGAUGGGGAGGCAAAUCUGACAUAGACCUGGCAGUGGAUGAGAAUGGGCUGUGGGUCAUCUAUGCAACAGAACAAAACAAUGGUAAAAUUGUCAUUAGUCAAUUAAAUCCUUACACCCUACGGAUUGAAGGGACGUGGGAUACUGCGUAUGAUAAAAGGUCGGCUUCCAACGCCUUUAUGAUCUGUGGGAUUCUGUAUGUGGUCAAAUCUGUGUAUGAGGAUGAUGACAACGAGGCCACAGGGAAUAAGAUUGACUACAUUUACAACACCGAUCAGAGUAAGGACAGUGUGGUGGAUGUGCCCUUUCCCAAUUCAUACCAAUACAUAGCAGCUGUGGAUUACAACCCCAGAGACAACCUGCUUUACGUAUGGAAUAACUAUCACGUUGUGAAAUAUUCGUUGGAUUUUGGACCUCUGGAUAGUAGAUCAGGACAGGCACAUCAUGGGCAGGUAUCGUACAUCUCUCCACCAAUUCACCUUGACUCUGAGCUAGAAAGGCCCCCUGUGAGAGAAAUUUCUACUACAGGACCACUUGGCAUGGGAAGCACCACCACCAGUACCACCCUGCGGACCACAACUUGGAGCUCAGGCAGGAGUACCACCCCGUCGGUGUCGGGAAGAAGGAACCGGAGUACCAGCACCCCAUCUCCAGCUGUUGAAGUGCUUGAAGACAUUAUCACACACCUUCCAUCAGCAUCAUCCCAAAUCCCAGCUCAGGAAGAGAGCUGUGAGGCUGUGGAAGCCCGAGAAAUUGUGUGGUUUAAGACCCGCCAAGGACAGAUGGCAAAGCAGCCUUGUCCCACAGGAACUAUAGGAGUAUCGACUUAUCUGUGCCUGGCUCCUGAUGGAAUCUGGGACCCCCAAGGACCAGAUCUGAGCAACUGCUCUUCUCCUUGGGUCAACCAUAUCACACAGAAGUUGAAAUCUGGAGAGACAGCUGCCAACAUUGCUAGAGAGCUGGCUGAACAAACACGGAAUCAUUUGAAUGCUGGAGACAUCACCUACUCUGUCCGUGCCAUGGACCAGCUGGUAGGCCUCCUGGACGUCCAGCUCCGGAACUUGACCCCAGGUGGAAAAGACAGCGCUGCACGCAGCUUGAACAAGCUUCAGAAAAGAGAGCGCUCUUGCAGAGCCUAUGUCCAGGCAAUGGUGGAGACAGUGAACAACCUCCUCCAGCCACAAGCCUUGAAUGCAUGGAGAGACCUGACUACCAGUGAUCAGCUCCGUGCUGCCACCAUGUUGCUGGACACUGUGGAGGAAAGCGCCUUCGUGCUGGCUGAUAACCUUCUGAAGACUGACAUUGUCAGGGAGAACACAGACAAUAUUCAGUUGGAAGUUGCAAGGCUGAGCACAGAAGGGAACUUAGAAGACUUAAAAUUUCCAGAAACCAUGGCUCACGGAAGCACUAUCCAGCUUUCUGCAAAUACGUUAAAGCAAAAUGGCCGAAAUGGAGAGAUCAGAGUGGCCUUUGUUCUGUAUAACAACUUGGGUCCUUAUUUAUCCACGGAGAAUGCCAGCAUGAAGUUGGGAACAGAAGCUAUGUCCACCAAUCAUUCUGUUAUUGUCAAUUCCCCUGUUAUUACAGCAGCAAUAAACAAGGAAUUCAGUAAUAAGGUUUAUUUGGCUGAUCCUGUGGUGUUCACUGUUAAACACAUUAAGCAGUCUGAGGAAAAUUUCAACCCAAACUGCUCAUUUUGGAGCUACUCCAAGCGCACAAUGACAGGUUAUUGGUCAACCCAAGGCUGUCGGCUUCUGGCAACAAAUAAGACACAUACUACAUGCUCUUGUAACCACCUAACCAAUUUUGCAGUACUGAUGGCACAUGUGGAAGUUAAGCACAGUGAUGCAGUCCAUGACCUCCUUCUGGAUGUGAUCACGUGGGUUGGAAUUUUGCUGUCCCUUGUUUGUCUCCUGAUUUGCAUCUUCACAUUUUGCUUUUUCCGUGGGCUCCAAAGUGACCGUAACACCAUCCAUAAGAACCUCUGCAUCAGCCUCUUUGUAGCAGAACUGCUUUUCCUCAUUGGGAUCAACCGAACUGACCAACCAAUUGCCUGCGCGGUCUUUGCUGCCCUCCUGCAUUUCUUCUUCCUGGCCGCCUUCACCUGGAUGUUCCUGGAGGGUGUGCAGCUCUACAUCAUGCUGGUGGAGGUCUUUGAGAGUGAACAUUCACGCAGGAAAUACUUCUACCUGGUCGGCUACGGGAUGCCGGCGCUCAUUGUGGCGGUGUCUGCUGCCGUAGACUAUAGGAGCUAUGGAACAGAUAAAGUAUGUUGGCUCCGACUUGACACCUACUUCAUUUGGAGUUUUAUAGGACCAGCAACCUUGAUAAUUAUGCUUAAUGUAAUCUUCCUUGGGAUUGCUUUGUAUAAAAUGUUUCAUCAUACUGCCAUUCUGAAACCUGAAUCGGGCUGUCUUGAUAAUAUCAAGUCAUGGGUUAUAGGUGCAAUAGCUCUUCUCUGCCUAUUAGGACUGACCUGGGCCUUUGGACUCAUGUAUAUUAAUGAAAGCACAGUCAUCAUGGCAUAUCUCUUCACUAUUUUCAAUUCUCUACAGGGAAUGUUUAUAUUCAUUUUCCAUUGUGUUCUACAAAAGAAGGUAAGGAAAGAGUACGGGAAGUGCCUGCGGACGCAUUGUUGUAGCGGCAAAAGUACAGAGAGUUCCAUCGGCUCAGGGAAAACAUCUGGUUCUCGGACUCCUGGACGCUACUCCACAGGCUCACAGAGCCGGAUCCGUAGAAUGUGGAAUGACACAGUCCGAAAACAGUCCGAGUCUUCCUUCAUCACUGGGGAUGUAAACAGUUCAGCGUCACUCAACAGAGGGUCCUAUCUUCCCUGCAUUCAGGCGUGUGUAUCAUAUUUAGAGGGGCUUCUGAACAAUGCCAGGGAUACAAGUGUCAUGGAUACUCUACCACUGAAUGGUAACCAUGGCAAUAGUUACAGCAUUGCCGGCGGCGAAUACCUGAGCAACUGUGUGCAAAUCAUAGACCGAGGCUAUAACCAUAACGAGACCGCCCUAGAAAAAAAGAUUCUGAAGGAACUCACUUCCAACUAUAUACCUUCCUACCUGAACAACCACGAGCGCUCCUGCGAACAGAAUAGGAAUCUGAUGAACAAGCUGGUGAAUAACCUCGGCAGUGGGAGUGAAGAUGAUGCCAUUGUCCUGGAUGAUGCCACUUCCUUUAGCCACGAGGAGAGUUUGGGUCUGGAACUCAUUCAUGAGGAAUCCGAUGCUCCCUUACUGCCCCCAAGAAUUUACUCCACAGAGAACCACCAGCCACACCAUUACACCAGAAGGCGGAUCCCCCAAGACCACAGUGAAAGUUUUUUCCCUUUGCUAACCAACGAGCACACGGAAGAUCUCCAGUCACCCCAUAGGGACUCUCGCUACACCAGCAUGCCGGCACUGGCUGGUGUGCCUGCUGCAGAGAGUGUUACCACCAGCACCCAGACCGAACCCCCACCGGCCAAAUGUGGUGAUGCCGAAGAUGUUUACUACAAAAGCAUGCCAAACCUAGGCUCCAGAAACCACAUCCAUCAGCUGCACACCUACUACCAGCUAGGUCGCGGGAGCAGUGAUGGAUUUAUAGUUCCUCCAAACAAAGAUGGGACCCCUCCAGAGGGAAGUUCAAAAGGACCUGCGCAUUUGGUCACAAGUCUAUAGAAGAUGAAAGAAAUUUAAAUCGACAAAACUGCUAACACCUGGUUGACUGUUCUGAGUUGCUAUAAGCAGUGGUAAUAAUAUGUGUACUCCUAAAUCUUUAUGCUGUUCUUGAAUGACAAACACAAACUCUCAGACUUCUUCUUUUUUUUUUUUUUUUUUCCAACUGGGAUUUUUAGGUCAGCCCAGGGGAGAAAGGUAACUGCUGAAAUUCCCCGGCACCCUGUCCUUUCCUGUCCUUUCCCCGCUCAGAUGGAGACUUCAUUAUGUUAAUGAACGAGAUAUGAAGAAAAUGGCGCUCAUUGUGGCCUUGUUGAAUGAUGUUGUGUUUGUUCUAACAUCUCUGAUGCUCUGUUACUAUAAUUACAAGGACCUGAUUUUUAAAAGGCCAGAAGAGUUGUUGGAAAUUAGUAACAAUGCUGCAUCUAGAUUGGAGUGCUGCACAAGCAAACAUAAAAGCAAAGCAAAACUGUAUCGCAUAGUGAUUUUUAGUCACUCUCAACCUGAGUUCAUCACAGUGGUAAUAGCUGUGGUAUACAAAAUAAAACAACAAAAUUAAUAACAACAUGGAAGGGAAUUCUAGGAUUAUAUGCUAAAUGCAUAUUUAAUGAUUUGCUGUAUUAACUGAUGAUAAAACUAAUGGCAGAGAAAAAUGAACAAUUUCUAUGUAAUGUACAGAUACUAGCAUUGCACAUAUAGUCUGCUUUCUGUUCCUCCAGAAUUUGAGUCCUGUUAAUGUAGUGCAAAAAAAAAAGAGAGAGAGAGAGAGAAAUUUUCUUUUUCUUUCAUGCUGGUCUUGCAAGUUUGUCUACCAGUAAGAGAGCAAAGUUUUCUUCCUUUUUUGUUUUCUUUCUUUCUUCACUUUUUCUUUCUUUUUAAUCUUUUUUUAAAAAUUUUUUUGCUUAUUUCUUUAGAAUGUCACCCGGCAAAAAAAUAAGUAAAUAAAUAAAUAAAUAAAACUAUCACUUUAUAAAAAUCAUUUUCUAGUAAUGCAAACAAAUUAUUUUUUACAAAAAAUAAAAUAAAUAAAAUUAGAUUUACUUCCCUAACUAUAUAUCUUUAUUCAGUAAGAAUAUUCCAAGAGCAUUUUUGCAAAUUAGAGCAGGACAAACUUUUAUGUUUACAGUGCACAUCUGUUGUAAUGCAAGUUAUUGGGCAAGCAAUUCAUCCACCAAGAUGGUAGCUAUGGUUCUAGAAGUCAAGAGGUGUCAAUAGAACUAGUGGGGCUUCUGCAUGUGAAAAAAAUGGUAUCCAAUAGGCAUUAAAGUACCGAAUGUUCAGUCUGAACCGAAGUGGGUACCUGCACUACCACUUUUUAAAGGAAAUUCACACCCUUGUAGUAAGAAUCAAGAUCAAGUUAUUUUGAAGUGAUUUUUUUGGGGGAAAAACCUCUUCUGUUUAUUAACAGGAAAAUUUAUUUAUUUGACAGGAUUUUAAGUAAUGUAGGAAAACAAGAGGUAAAUUAGCAGCACAUAUAAUUUUUUUUAAAUUUAUGAUCCAUUUUGUAUGGUCUCAAAGUUGGAUGACCUCAUUACUAAUAUUUGUUGUAAAAGUGAAACUUGUUUGCCAACCAAUAAACAACUGAUUGAGAUUUAGUAGAUAUUGUAUUGAUGUAUGUACUAUAUGAUUAAUUAUUCUUUUUAUUUUUCUCACCUUUCUUUCCUCCUGUUUUCAGUAUAUAAACUUAAUCCUCUGUGGCCCAAAUGAGGCAUGAAAAAGAAAUCAAUCUGCUUAAAUGAAUAACCUAAGCACAAAAUGAUACAGCUUUUGCAGACAGACUAAACCAGAAAAAAUGGGAUGGACAUGUUUAUGUUGGCUGAAAUAAGAUGCAUAAUUUACUUAUGAGCAGGUUCAUUUAUAGGUUACCAUGUGGUUAUUUAUAAACUAGCUGCAGUCUCCAUGUGCUUAUUAUAAAAACCACUCUCAAUAAAAGAUUUAAGUAUUAAAUUGGGGGGGAGUGGAGGUAGAUCAUAUUUUUUCCUCCCUUGCGAACCCCAUUUUGAUGUUAGAAAUUUAAAUUCACACAAUUGGCAAAAUGUUGCAAGAAAAAGAGCAAAGAGAAUAUCCAGUUUCUAAAGAUAGUAUAAGACAUUUUAAGGCUAUUUUUUCUUAAUGUAUAUAUAAGGAGAAAUGAAAGGAAAAAUGUCCUUUCAGAUAGACUUUCUAGAUCUCCAGUUACUGAAGAACAUUUAUCAGCAGUGCCCAAGCAUGGAAUCUCGCCUAGGGCAAAGCUAGAAUGAAUUUGCCAAGUUAUAAUUUCUCCUGUAGUAUGUAAUAUCUUGGUGAUUUCCUUUACUUUUUCUUUUACAUUCCUCAGAAAACACCAUCCACCUAUGAUUUCUUAAAAUAAGAUGGGAAGGAGUAGUUUAGAGACUCACCAAUUAUAUAUAUAUACAUAUAUUUAAUUGUGUAUAUAUAUAUAAUUUAAAAUAUAAGAAAAGAAAACAUUUUAUGCUGGGUCAGAGUACAUCAGAACAUUAUUAUCAACUAAAAAUUCCUUAUGCAUCUAACUUUUUUAGUCCCUUGACAUGAGUGUUUUCUGUCUACAGAUUUUCUUUAAAAUGUAAAGUUUUGGAGAACCACAAACUUUAGCAGGUAUUAGAUUUCUCACACGACACUAUGGCAAUAUUAGCACCUGAAAGAUGAUUAGCUUGCCUGGAACAGAGAAUCCAAUUUGGCAAUGAAAGACCCGUUUUUAGACAUACUGGAGGUAACGUCAGAAAACAGUAGUGCGGUCUGUGGGUGUUGAGUACCUAAGCUUGUUUUGCCAAUCCAGUAGUAAUCUCUGUCAGUAAAAAAGCUAGUUUCACAGCUCAGUGAGGAAACUACCUCAAUUCAGUUUGCUGAUGCUGCCAAUUCUGAUUUUCUGAUAUUGCUACCUCCAUGCCCACUAUCUUUUUUGUUUCAUUGUAUGGAAGUUUGAAGCAGGUGCCUCCCCAGCUCUCCAUAGACCCAGUAGAAGAAAAUCUCUUGAACACAUACACUGGUGCAGAAGGCCUUCCAGUACUGUCAGGGUAAGGGUGAGGGUAAGGUUUUGGAACUGUCCUACAUUAUUAACUGGUGCACUUUCUGAGAUACUUAAGAUCCCAAGACUUUCACAAGAAAAGGUUGUUCCCCCAAGUUUUAGGCAAUGAUAAGAAAAAUAAACAGUGGAUAAAGGAGUUAACUAUAUCCAUUUCAACAGAAAUUUGUGUAUAUCUAUAAUAUAUUUAUUCAGUCCCCUUUGCCCUAGCAGGGGUUGAAUUCCUGAACUUGAAUCUUUUUUACAUGCAUUUUCAUAUGUAACUAUUGAUAAAUUCAUAAUUUUGAAAGAUGUCUUGUUCUUAUUACUACAUUUGGUUGACUUAUUUUUAAUACCCUGUGAUGUUCAUGACCUUAUCUGCAUAUUUCUGAUGUGUGUAUCUGACAUUCCAUUAAGAAGUAAAUUUGCAUAAACAGAUAUACACAUUAUCUGAGAGUUAUCAAAGUGAUGUCAAUGAAACAAACUGAUUAUUACUUCUUAGUGAAAUAAUGUUUUUAUAACAUUUUACACUUGAAUUUUUUUUUCUCUCUAAGGUCUAUUUCACAUGAAAAUUUAUCAGGGCACGGACUGACUGCAUGUUUAGUUGAUUCAAAAACUGUGGAAAUAUUGCACAGCUGAUGUUCCUAAUUGAUAAUAUUUAUAGAGAAAUCUAAAUUUUGUGAAGGAGAAAGUGGUUGGAAAUCCAAUUAAAUUUUUUAUCAUCUCUCUUUGUUUCCAUGUUAUUAAAGUUUAAAACUCUAUAGGAGAACAGUAAAUUAUUAUACUAAAAUAAUGGUAAUGCCAAAAUCCUGGCAUAAGAAUAAUUAUAUUGAAAUAAAUAUAAUCAGUAAAAUUAAUCAAAUGCAAGUAAUGGAAAUACUCUUAACUUUCUGUUAAAAAAUUCACAUUGAUUCUAAAUUAAAAUAUAUUUUAUGAUCUGUAUUUUUAAAGGCCUAUUAAUCUAAAAAUGUUGACGUAUUGAAAAAUUUUAAAAAUUUACUGUUUUUUUAUUCUUUAAUACUAACAGAGGUGAUGAGACUUUUCAUAAUAAUGGAGAUAAGCAUAUAUAUGUAAAUUAGUAAUAUUUAUAACAAACCCAUAGACUUGAUUUUGGGAAAUGAUUUUGGGCCUUUUCCCCACAUAUGUUCAAACCUAUUGGCUGGUUUGCUCACUUUAAAAUAUAUUAAAAACUUUAAAGACUGACUUUCUAUAUUAUUAUAGUCCAAAAGGGAGGGGAAAUAUUUUCUGGAUUGUCUAAACAUCAAUUUCAAAUUAAUCAAUAAUCAUCUCCUGUUAGUAAGAGAGUGAUCAGUUUCUAGAAGAUGCCCCUCAUUAUUGUACCAAAGUGCUACUGCUUUGGAUGUUUUGGAGAGAAAAAUAAAAUAAAACACUAUGGACCUACAUGCAUGUCAAUGCAUGUCAAUUCAACUUCAGAGUGAGAAAAAGAACCCAACCCUAAUUUGAUUUUGAGCAAUUCUGAAAAUAUUGACAUAACGUCCUUUCUUUAGCAAAAAUAUUUGAGAUAAAAAUAACCAUAUGUAUGAUCUUUCCAGAAUAUUGUAGUAGUACCAAGGUAUUAAAUUUAAGUAGUUCAUGUUUAGUAAUUCAUAACUAUAACUUAAAACACAAACAAUUACUAUGCAUUCCUAACAUUUUAAAUAUAUGUUAGAUUUCUACACCUCCAUAAAUUAGUUAGGAACAUGGAAGCACAACAGUGAAGCAGCAACAUCGCAAAACAGCUUAUGGAAGCAUUUUUGUGCAAAUGAAUUCUGCAUGAGAAGCCUCUUUGAGCUCAUAAAAUAGAUUUGAUGGAUCCCAGCUAUAAAUUUAAUUUUGUAAUCAGCAAUUAUGUCUUCUUAAACCAUCUGAAAAAUAUUGUUAGAUAUCUAAAUUUUGUUUAGGCUAGUAGAAAUUAAAAAGCAUUGAUGGCUGCUUCUUCCUGCUUAGGCCAUAAGAGGAAUCUUUUCUAUUUGCUAAUUAACCUGAUUACUUCCUCUUUGCUUUAAAAAAGAAAUUGAUCUUUAACUUUCAAUUAUACACACAUCCACCUACUCUGUUUCCUUUUACUCAUAGAGUGAAGAGGAAAUAGCUUAUUUACAUAUCAUGAACUUUGCCAUUUUGCAAUAAAACAGGUAGUUACUAUGGUUUUGCGUAUUGUCAUUUGAAAUAAAGUUAUUGCUGUUUGCUCUUUUUUAAAAAAAUUAAAAUUCUGCACUUCUUUAACGUUUAAAACCUUUUAAGUUAUUAUUCAAGUGUCUUCAUUUCAACUAUGUUUUGAUGUUUCUUUCUUUUAAUAUUAGGUCAUAGAGAUUUUUUCUCAUUUAAAUGCCCCAUUAGAGUAUAUCAAGGUUAAAUGCAAAGUAUGCCUAUUAAGAAGUCUUGGGAGAGAACUCUGAUUUAUAUGCAGAUGUCAAGAAAGACUAUACAAAAAAAAAAAGAUUGUGAUAACCAAGUCUGUUCGGUCACAAUAUGGGCAGAAGGAGGGUGGAAUCAAGUUGGCAAGUUUACAGUGAGGUAGCAGGUCCUAAGUUAGAGUUUCAGAUAAAAAAUUCCAGGAAAGAAGUAAUGAAAUAAUUAAGAGUGGUAAAAUUUUCAAACAUGGUGUGAAAUUCUAUUGGCGUGCUGAAAAAAAAUUGGAAUUUACCAUAUUAUAAUUUUAUCCUGCUGACUCCAUAGCAAACCCAAACACUUUUAACACUAAAUAUUUCUUGUCUAGCUACACUUUCUCUCAAGGAAACAUAAAUAUUUUAUAAAUAUUACUUAAAUAUUAGUAUCUUUGCCUCAAUUCACUUUCACUCUCUAAUCUGCUUACUCUAUUGUAUGCCAACACAGUUAAUGCUACUUAUAGCUUUGUACCUUUUAGAGCUUUAUUAUGAAUCUUUCUAAUAAACAUUGAUUAAUAUUAACUUGGAAUUAUGUACAUUGUGCAAAAGAACUCAUAGCCAAACAAUAUUUAUAUUACCAGGUAACUCAUUAUGUAUGUGAAUAUUACUUUGAGGCUGAACAAAUAAUUACACUUCUGAAAAUAUUACUCUCAAGUCCUAUCUAUUCAAUUGUUGUAGUCAAUUGAUAAAAGUCUGCAGACAGUUGUACACAUGACGUGCUAUCAGAGUACUCCAUAAUCCAAACGUGUCUAAAAGUAUCCCCUAUUAUCCUCAUUCUAGAAUACACAAGGAAAGAACUUGAAAGACAAGAGUAAAGCCAACUCUCAAGGAUUUAAUGUAUAUCAACAUUGUCAUUCAGAACAAAUAAUUUAAAAAAUUAGAAUGUUUUACUCUGUGAUCUAAGGGAGAGGUUAAUAAAGAUUUAUGGUUAGUCUAAUAUCAGAGAAUUUUACAUUUUAAAGGUGUAAAGUUUGUCUCAACAGCCCAAGACUGCAGAAUUUCACCCUCCAUUGGCAAGAAAAAUAUAUUUAAAAUUCACACCUAAAGUGGCUUUUGAAAGUUUAAGAAUUCCUCUGAUUCUUCUCAAGGUAAAAAUGGCAAAGAGCUCCUGGCUUCAAAAUGAGACAUACCAUUGACCUCUAAAAAUGUUUGGCAAAAUUGAUGAAUGUCAUCAACUCUUUUGCAAUGCCUAGAGAAGGGUGUCCUCUUACACUGACCACUGUCUUGUCCUUGGGAGCAUUUUUUUAAUGCCUCGAAUUUCGAGUUGUCACAAUGUCUUAUGUUUUGGAUGCCAUUAUGAAUUAAGAAAGAUGAAGAAAAACAUUUAAAGUUGGUUGUCAUGCCUCACUUGAGAAUAAAGAUUUCCUUUCCCAUCCUAAGUAAUAAAGGAUGAUGUGUCUCGGAGCAGAGCUGUAGACAGUCAGACCGUGUUCCUUUGGAAACAAGUCCUCUUUGUAUAUUCUAACACCGGUCUCUGCCUAACAAACUAAAGAAUCAGAUUGUGCAGAACUGUAGAAAGAGCUUGGUUUCUCUUCUUUUGGCCUCUGUGAAUGCGUGGGAAAGUAGAAAGACAAUUUGGAAAAGAUUUUCAUACUGUUUUCCCACUUGCCAAUCGUUAAAUCUAAUUCAAGAUAAUAUAUCUUUUUUAAAAAAAAUGGUAGUUUAUUUUAAAAACUAAUAACUAAUUAAGCUAUUUCUCACUGAUAAGAAAAAUAACUUUUUAGGAACAAGAACAUAGCUAUUGCAGGCUUUGGUCUCUUCGUAUUCUCAUAUAUUUACACAUGGCAUUAAUCUUAUACACCUACAGAUUUCAAUCUACUGGAUUUUUUCCUUGUACAAUCUUUCCAACUUUUUUUCCCCUUUAAUGCUCUGUACAAUCACAUGUAAAAUCAUGAGCUACAAAUCUCAAUAAAAAGUGUCAGUAAACAAUAAGUGAU